AUGGAAAACUCUACCCUUCGCACCAUCGUCCAGGAACUCAACGAACGACCCUCAGCAGGAUCAACAUCCCGUCACGACUGGCACAUCUCACUUCGCCACGAUAUGGGCUGGCACUACAGCCUCUUCAUCUACCGCCAAGACAUACCCGACUGCUUUCUAACCGAUUCAUUCGUCAUUGAAAAUCAUCCCAUCACUGAUGCAGAAGUUCUAAGAAUGACCUGCAGCAUUCUAAUUGAAGUUCUCCACAGGGACCUCACCCUCCCGUGGUAUCGGAGUACCAACGAUGUGGAUCUCGGAGGUCGGAUGGCCGAUUUGAUGAGGAGUUAUGGCCUUCAGAUAUGGGAUAUUCCGGCUGCGCGACCGGAGGUGAAUCGUUGGGCUAAUGAGGCGUAUAAUCUCUUUAUGAGUCUUAGGGUAGGGAAGGAAUGGUUUGAUUUAAGGGAUUUUGAGCGGUACUUUUGGAUUUAG